GAGUCAGCGCUGUCAAAUCUGCAGUGAUGUGAGCAGCCAAGAAAAAUAUUGUGGUUUUGGAAAUGUGCUGACAUUUUUAUUGUUUAUUAUGAGGUACUUACCAGGUUUAAAAUAAAUGUCGUUAUGUUGGAUGCAUGGGGGUUGAUGGUAUUGCAUGUUUCACAAGUUUUAUUUAUUCAUUUAUUCAUAUGAUGAUCUUUGUUCACUUCUAGUAGUUAAGGUUUAAAGAUACUUUUAUUCUGAAAAUUCUGUUGCAUUACUUUAUUAAAACAAAAAGGUGUAUUAUAAAUAAAUAAAAAGAUUGAUUAACAUUCUGUUUUUACUGAAGAAUAGAAAUAUCAGACCAAAACAGUUAGAUUAGAGGAGCAACAUCUUCAAAAACAAAAAAAUAAAAGCUCCAAGCCCUUUUUUGUUUAGAUAAAAAGGGUUUAGCCUCCUUUAAAAAAACAAUAUAUGUAAAGGUUUGUUUGCUAAAAGAAAGGUCAUUUACAUAUCAAGGUGGUUAUUACUUCAAAUUUCAAAAUAAACAAUGGUUAAAAGUUGUGUUUGUCUUUGUAAAACUUGAAAAACUGGUGUUUUUCUUCCUGCAAACUACAGGAAGUUUUAGGUGCAAAAGGGAGGAAGACCGAAACUAAAGCUUGCUCUGUUUUAGUGGGUUAAACCAAAAAGUGAUGUGAACAUGAAACCAGUAACUGCACACAAGUUGGCUAUGGCUAAACAGUAAAAAGGGCUUUAUUUGGCUUUUGCAGCAAUAUUUUCCACCUUGAACAUAUUCCACUAGUUUCUCAUUUUUAGGAGUUGGGAUGAAAGUCCACGAGAAGAUUCUGACCCAUUACUUGUCAUGCACUUCUCCAGUUGAUAAGGAAGGCUACCUCUACAAAAAGAAAGUGAGAACCGCCACCUUCCAGAGACGAUGGUUUGUUUUGAAGGCGAACUUGCUCUUCUACCAGGAGCGCCCCGCCGACCGCCACCUGCUGGGGGUCAUCGUGCUGGAGGGCUGUGCCGUCCGGUGUUUGGAGGCCGAAGAACCGUUUGCCUUCUCCUUGGUGUUUGGGCCUGGACUUAAAACGUACACGUUUGCAGCGGAGAGUCGUCAAACUCAGGAGAGCUGGGUGGAAGCGUUGAUGUCGGCAAGUCACUGUUACCUCUCCUUGCUGGUGAGGGACCUGGAGAGGCUGUAUGAAGAAGCUAAACAAGGUUCCAGAGCUUCUCGCUCGUCUGGCAGUGCUCUCAGUCUGGCCAUGAACAGGAUCUCAUCGGGAGCUCUGGGCCCACCGGUGGACGUCAGUGUCAGGGAGCGGAGAAGCUUCAGUGCCAGCACCGUUCUACAAGCGCCUCCAUCAUCAACUAAAGCCGUCACCAAAAAAUCCCCCAAAGUGUGGUCCAGGAGGAACGCCUACGUCACCCCGCUCAACGGGCCGCCUCCUCCCUACGGAGAAUGGCCUCUGGUCGGGUCGGACGCAAUGGAGGACUUCAGCCAACUUCACGAUUAUUACGGCCAGGAAGUGGGAAGAGUGAGAGAAGAGUGGCUGAGAGGCAAACGUGUGGAGGAGGAUACGAGUGAGGAGGCCCUCAUCGACCUGCAGUAAAGAAGAAAAAAAAAAAAAAAGGAUUUGAGAUUCUUUAGGAGGAACUGGAACCGAGCUGGAGGAACUGAACUUUAAGGCCCAAACACCUGUUGAUGUUCAAAGCAGUUGAGUGUUUGCUGUCUUAGAGAAAUUCCUAUUGAAGGUCAUAUAAGGUGAUUUAGAAAUUACCUGAUAUAAAAACACAUAUUCGAUCAAUUUCUGCUUUUCCUGAAACUGUGCUUCUAUAAUUAUCAAUGUUUUAAUUCACUGCAAAAAACAAAAUAUCUGCAGCGUAAAUAAAUACUCUCAGGGUGGGAAGUUUAGUUCUUUGAAUUUGUCAUAAAAAUGUUCUGAAUCCUUAUGUUUAUAAUACUAAGAUACAAAAUGCUUAAUACAAAGCAGAUUUUCAGACAAAAUUUAGUUGAAGUAAAUAUAAUUUUUUGUUCUUUUUUUAGGAAAAUGACAGCUUCCUCUCGCUGCACUUUCACCUGAAAAUGGAGAAAACGCCCUUGAUAAGGACUUAAAACUUAUUUCUUUCCGUUAUGAUUAAUUCUGUGGUUGUUGCAAUCAAUAAAACUAUUUAUAUCA